UUUUACAACACAACAAUAAACACCUACACCUCGUUGAAGAAAGAACCAAGAACAUCACUACUAUCUACAAUGGAGUUGCUCUCAUUCUCAACCCCAACCCCAACCAUCAACCUCCGCCACUUUCUUCCCACCAAACCACCCCAAUCCUUCUCUCUCCACCGUCUACCACCGUCACAACAAACCCUCAAAUGCUCAAUUCAUUCCUCCACACAAACCCUGAUUCAAGACUUCAAACCAAGCUUCAAUCUUUCGGCUUCUUCACCGCAGACACCGGCGACGGCGAUGAGAGGCGCCGAAUCGGACGCCAUGGGGUUGCUAUUAAGAGAAAGGAUUGUGUUCUUGGGGACCCAGAUUGAUGAUUUUGUUGCUGAUGCUAUUGUUAGUCAGUUAUUGUUGUUGGAUGCUCAAGACCCCACCAAAGAUAUCCGGCUUUUUAUUAAUUCUACUGGUGGUUCUUUAAGCGCUUCGAUGGCCAUAUAUGAUAUUCUAAAGCUAUUGCGGGCUGACGUGUCAACAAUCGCACUCGGCAUAUCAGCAUCAACAGCCUCCAUAAUUCUCGGAGGUGGAACUAAAGGCAAACGUUUCGCAAUGCCCAAUACGAGAAUCAUGAUCCACCAACCACUCGGUGGCGCAAGUGGACAGGCAAUAGACGUCGAAAUCCAAGCCCGAGAAAUGAUGCAUAACAAGGAAAACGUAACAAAAAUCAUCGCAGAAUCCACUGGGCGGUCAUACGAACAGGUUCAAAAAGAUAUCGAUAGAGAUCGAUAUAUGUCCCCUAUUGAAGCAGUUGAAUAUGGAAUAAUUGAUGGGGUUAUAGAUGAAGAUUCGAUCAUCCCACUUGAGCCUGUACCGGAUCGGGUUAAACCUACGCUUAGUUAUGAUGCAAUUAGCAAAGAUCCUGAGAAGUUCUUGAAUCCCGACAUACCUGAUGAUGAAAUUUACUAACUGCUUACUGCCUGAAGACGAUUUUUUCGGUUUCGGGUUUUGUUUUGUAGUGGUAAGAAUGUAUUAGUUUUGAGAAUGAAGUGAUGGAACUGGUUAAUCUUUUUUUUUUUUUUUUUUUUUUCUGGCAAAACUGUUGUAUUCUUAAGUCAAUUUGAGACUGUUUUCAUAAUGUGCAAACUCCCAAAUGCUAUUGCAAUCA